UCAAAUCCGGUGGGCGGGGAACGGUUGGUGUUGCGCGGGCCAAUCAGGACGCGGGGUUUUCCGCGGGAAAUCCGAAUUUCGCGGCACGUAGUUUGGCGCUUAAAAAAAAAAAAGCGAGAGAAGGAGGAACGGAAAGAGAAAGGGCUGGGGCAGCCAUCGGGUCCUCUCAAUCCGGAUCCAUCCUCGCUCUGGCCGGCUCUGGCAGCGCCCGGGAACCUUGCAGCAGCCCAGCCGGGAGCCUCGCGAAGCACCAGGCGCUGGCAUUGCCAGCUGAAGAGCUCCAUGGGAGGCGCCAGGGCCCCGCCAGGAUCCAGGGCCCGGACUGGGUGCGCAAUCCCUCCUGGACGGCUCCUCUGAAGCCCUCCACCCCGGCGACCUAGACGCAAGGAGCCGGAGUGGGCUCCGCAGCGGAUCUUUCGUGUGCCGUCCUGCAAGCGCACCCGGCUUUUGUCUGCAAGUCUCUCCGGCUGCAGUUUUUCCAGCCACAAAAGCGGCUGCCUUGCUGGGGGAGGGGAUGUGCUGCCAAGCCGAUCUGCAACCUUGCUGCCAAACUCUCGCAUAGUCUUCUCUCCCCGCCCCCCUAGAAAGGCUUAAAAAAUAUACCAAAAAAAGGACAGUUGCGAAGUUUGUGUGUGUGUUUUUGUUUUGGAGCUGAUUCUGCAAACACGCACCAUCAUGCAUAUUUUUCCUUUGAAAGACUGUAGCUGAGGGUCACUCACUGGCUGGCCGGGGAAACAAAACAGGCUGGCCCUUCUCUGUCUCCCUUGCUCAGAAAAGAAAAGCAAAAAAAUUGUCUGUGGAAAGCUGCUUUUGAGGACAAGAGAGAAGGGAUUCCGUGAGCGAGACCUCCCAUCGCCCAGGCCCAAGCUGCAGCGUUGCCUCGCUUGUUUUUAAAAGAUAAACUAGGGUUUUAUUAUUAUUAUUUUUUAAAAAAAUGUUGCCCUGGGGCUGAUCCCAGGGAGGAUGCCCAUGGCCGGUUGAAAUGGCUAAGAGCAGCUUUGCCCACCGACCUCUCUGGGGCCUGGCACAUCCCUUGAUUUCCAAGCUGUUCCUCCUCUGAGAUCGGGGCGCCUUCUGAGCUUCCGAAGAAGGGCUUGGCCAUGCUGAGAAUCCCCAAAGGAGGGCCUUCGGCCCCUGGGCGAGGGGGUCCCUCUCUGGCGCCGCCGCCACCGCAGCAGAAGAAAGUGGCGCCUCUGCUCAGCUCGGCAGAGCUGGUGGCCUCCAACCUCGGCAGCCCUCAGAUGCGGGUGCUCCCGGCCACCUACUUCACUCAGGUGUACCCUCAGACUGCGGUGGUAGCCCCACUGCCUAGGGGCAGUUGCCUCUAUGCCACCCCCCAUGGACCUGAAAUCAAAACCAUGAGAUCGGCCUCCACAGGAAAGCUACCGGCCAAGAGGAAGUUGGAUUUAGAAGGGACAGAACAGCAAUGCAUUCCUGAAUUUCGGACCCCAAAAGGCAAGGGCAGGCCACUCCCCCACAUUCCCAGUCCCAAAACCCCCAAAUCACCUGGAGAGAAGACCCGCUACGACACAUCACUAGGCUUGUUGACCAAGAAGUUCAUCCACCUGCUCAGUGAGUCAGAGGAUGGGGUGCUGGACCUGAACCGGGCUGCCGAGGUGCUGGAUGUCCAGAAGCGGCGUAUCUACGACAUCACAAACGUAUUGGAGGGGAUCCAGCUGAUUCGCAAGAAAUCCAAGAACAACAUCCAGUGGAUGGGGACGGGAAUUUUUGAGGACUCUUCCGUGACAGUCAAGCAGCAGACGUUGAGUCAGGAACUCGUGGAAUUCUCCAAGACUGAGAGGAUGCUGGACAAGUUCAUCCAGGAGUGCACCCUUCAGCUAAAACACCUGACAGAUGAUGAAACAAACCAAAGGUUAGCUUACGUCACAUAUCAGGAUAUCCGUGCCAUCAACAACUUCAAUGAACAGACGGUGAUUGUGGUUCGGGCCCCACCAGAAACCCGGCUAGAGGUGCCAGACGUUUGUGAGGAGAAUGUCCAGCUCCACUUGAAAAGUACCAAUGGCCCAAUUGAUGUGUACCUGUGCCCUGAGGAAAUUCUGGAGGAGAGCCCAGCCAAAGAGAGCAGCUUCUCAGCCCCAGCCCACCAAAGCAGCAGCCACAGCUCCAACUCCCCAGCAGUGAAAGAUGAGCCUGUGAGUGUGAAGAUCGAGCCGCCCAGCUGCCUGCUGGAAGGAGAGGACGGGUUCCUGGAACUGCCCCAACACCUCCUGCAGCAGACGGAGGACCAGCUGCCCUCUGCGCCGUACGGCGAUGGGGGAUCCUUUGUCAGCUUCUCUCCUCCCCUCGACCAAGACUACCUGUGGGGUCUAGAGGAGGGCGAGGGCGUGAGCGACUUGUUUGAGGCCUACGACUUGGCCGACCUGCUCAAGAACUGAGGCCGCCUUCCUGGCCCUUUCUGUCGUCCUCAGAUUCCCUUCCUGCUGUGCCAGGGCCUCUGGCGUUGAGUCUGAAGGCAUCUGCUUUGCAUGUUGCCUGGCAGACUGUGUCUGGGCAGUUCCCCCUGACUCCAGUGGCACCUUGGCCUUCCAACCUUGCCUGGAAAGAUCAACGAUUUUGGUGCACCUCUUGGAAUACAAGGAAUUGCUUGUGGGUGAUCCUCUCGCGGCCUUUUCCUGCCAGGUGAUCCCUUUUUAGGAACCCUGCUGCCAUUUUGAGAGGGCAGAGAAUAGCUGGCUGUGACUUUUCUAGGGAACCCUGGAACACUCGACUCAGUGGGGUGUUCUUCUUUCACGUUGAUUUGAUUUCUCACCUGGGCAGAUGCAGUUGGUCUCCGAUGCUACCGGGUGUGAUGGUGGCCAUCAGAGGAACUGUACCAUCAAGCUACUGAAGGUGGGCUUGGUACAAAGCACAUGGUGGUCUCUGCUUUUGCUUGAAAUGAUGGGCCCAUUUUCUGGGGAUUAAUACUUAACUGCCUGGCAGUGGAGCUGGGGCACACUCCUCUCCAAAUAAAAGUGUGACAUGCCACGUCUGAGUGGGCACAAGUUUGGUGAUCCUUGAUGUCACAGCACUGGCUCGCUUGUGUAUCUGAUCUCGGUGGCUUAUAGCAUCAAGUUUGUCCCAGGUCUUGCUCAGUGUUCCAUCCCGGUUUACCCUGAAAUUCCCAGAAGCUGCACAGUCUUGUGUGACCCUUAAUUCUGCAUCAAGAUAGCAAGAGGGAAACUUGUAGAGGAUUUCAUAUGACAGGUGGAAUAUUUUCCUUAUGGUUGAGUACUAAAUGAGCAGCACACAAUCCUUCUAAGAUCUGUGGAAUCUUAGAAUUGGAGGUGGGCUGCAUUUCUGGGACUGCAUUCAUGCAAAGUAAUUGCUCCUUUGAGGGGCAAUUACCUUGCCUAUUUCAUCUCACUAUUGGACUCAUUUCUGCUCAACCAGCCCCAUUUCUUGCUUCUGACAGAUGUAUAUAUUGAAGUACAAGUAAAAAGGAACCUCUUUUUCUACUUCUCGGGUGGUUUGGAUCUUCUUGGUGUAUCCAGAUUUUUUCAACUGCUCCCAAUUCCUGUUGCCCUCAAGUAAAAUAGUCUUAAUUCCCAGUAAGCUGCUUGUUUUGCUUUUGGAGAUCAAAGCAAAUUGGUGCUCAGUUCCUUAAUCCUGACCCAAUGACUAUGCCAGCAAUACUCAUCCCACCCACUUCCCACCGUGACUGAGAAAUAUAGGACAGGAAAGGGGAGAUGUCUUUGGGCCAUCAUCUGUUGCCGUAGGAGUAUAUGCAACUCUGGAGUGCCCAGAACUCUUCCCAGUGGGUUAAUUCUGUGUAACUCGAAAUCUUGUGUGCAAUUCAGGGCUGGACAACUCUGGCCCUCUGUUUGCGGUUGGACUACAACUUCCAUCAUCCCUGACUAUUUUCUGCUGUGGAUGGUGGGAGUUUCAGUCCAACAACAUCUGGAGGGCCAAAGUUGUGUAGCCCAGCUAUUGCUUUGUUCAUGCUCCAACAGAAGCUGCUCUUCUUAUUAGAUGCUGUCCUACCAGUUAUCUUUUCCAUGAUGUCUCAGGGCAGAUCUAGAUAUUAAGUAAGGUAUGGGCCUGCCACAGAAAAUGGCAACCUCGCCUCCAGUGAGAGUGUAGCGUGACAUCAUUGUCUUUCUCACUCCUGCUCCACAUCAUUUGCAACAUGGGCAGGUGUGAGGAUGCUCCUGGUAUGACGAUAUCAAGCCAAGUGGUGAGUUUAGAAGAGGGGCAAACCAAAACACAGGGAUUCCAUUUUCAGUGGGAGUCCGAUGCCUUCUCUAACCUCCUGUUCCGCUCUCGGACACAUGUGGCACCAGGCAUCUUUACUGAAUGCUCAUUGUCUCAGGGAAAAAUGGUUGCAAUAAUUUUUGCAAGGGGCUUCUGACCAAAUAUCAUGCUCCCCUUUGGAAGUACAAAUAUUGCCCAGCUUUUCACCACCACCCGCCAUCCUUGUCCUGUAAAUCUCAAUUAAUUCAGGACUAGGGCCUUUUUGAGUCUCAAGUCUUGCUCUGAUUUUAUGUGAAAUGGCAGUGCCUGACUGCAGAAUGGAGGUCUUGGGCAUCUUCUCUGCAGGCUUCUUUAGUCCAGAGCCAAAAUGUGUAGCAUCGCAACUGGCAUACUUUAAUUCAAGGGUGGCCCUCCAGAUGUUUCAGGACUACAACUCCCAGCAUCCCCAGCCACAGUUGAUUGUGACUGUGGGUGAUAGGAGUUGUAGUUCAACAAUAUCUGCCCACCUUGAUACAUGCGAUAGCUGGCCUCCAUCAUAGGCCAGGGGUGGGCAACCUUAGCUCUCUGGUGGUUGUUGAACUACAACGCCUUCUGCUUUUGGCUUAGUUUUCCUGGAGGCAGUAAAGCUGCAUCUUGGCUGCACCAUUGCAGACUGCAGAUUCAUCUCAGGCCACAAACCACCCUAUUAUGGGUUCACACAAUCACACUCAUGUUGUUAACCCACAUUAAACCUAGAUUUGAACCAUUGUGUGAACCAGGCCAGUGAGUCCUGUGUGACUGCAUGAUAUACUAUGGCCUGGUUCACAUAACAGUUUGAAUAUAGAUUUAAUGUGGGUUAACAACAUGAGUGUGAUUGUGUGAGUACACAUCAAGGUGGCGUAUGACCAGUGAUGAAUCUGGGAUUCCUGUCUUGAUAUGGGUUCACACAACCACUCUAAUGCUGGUAGCCCACAUUAAACCUAGAUUGGAAUGACUUCAUGAACCAGGUGUCAGGCCAACCUGAGACUCUCCAGCUGUUGUUAAAUGACAACUCCCAUCACCUGUGGCUUUGGCCAUUGUCGCUGUGGAUUAUGGGGCUUAUAGUCCAACAACUGCUGAAGAGCAUCAGGGUGACAACCCCUGAAUCAUUACGGCAUGGUGUGUGGGCAGCACUAAAUCAAAAAAUGGGUGCUCAGUUGUGUGUCAUUUAACCACCGUAGAACAGCUCUUACUUGUGCUUAAAUGCCAGCUUGGCCAAGCCAAGAUCUGCCCUGACUUUGCGUGGCACACAACCACUCAGCUCAGAUUCUCAGCAGCGUGAACACCUCCCCGGCUCAUCUGUUGGCGUCAAAGGGAUUGCGAGAACCCACCGUGUGUAUGUAGGCCUGCGAGUUUCCAUGGGCGACCAGCAGCUGAUUCGAAGCUCUUGGCAUACACUAGGGGACUCUGGUUGGAUGGAAGCUAUCCCUCCCCUGCUACCAAGGGGUCCACCACUCACUUCCCCUGAAGGCCGAGCAGCAGCAGGGCGUGUGAGUUUAGAGUGCAUCGCAAAGCAGUGUUCCAACUUUGUGCAGGGCAACAGCAUGCCACCACCAGCCAGGCUGCAACCCACCCACCCCUGUGUGAGAGUUAUGUGGCACUUCUGAGGUAGCCAGGCAGUCUGUAAGUGCCGAGUCAUGUGGUGGCACAGUCCAAUUUUGUAUCCCCCUGCCUCCCUAACCUCAGGUUCCAUUUGGCUCCCUCUUCCACAGUUCCCACCUCUGCACAAAGAAGGAGGCAGUGGUGAAUGUUGGCGGGCACUGACGACAGCUGAAGGAGCCAGAUGGCAGGCCUCGAGAAGCUGGCUUCCACUCUCUGGCUGCCAGUUGCCAGCCCUGCUGUAGAAGUCUCUUGCUCCUUGAUCUGGGGCAGAUCACUCUGCUUUUGUGCAGGAGCCCCGAAAAAGGGCAAGUCUUGGCCAAAAAUGGCAACUUUUUUUGUCCAUCCCUUUCCUGGGACAAAGGGCUACUUAAGGGCUUUGUAUGUGAAAAUAAGCUUUUUGGAACAGGCUGCCUGACUCUUUGUAUAGAUGGCAUCCUGUACUUAUUUGUACAUAGCAAACCGAGUUGUGGAUUUUGGGCCCCUCGGUCCUUUAGUUGUGUCAAAUUUCUGCAGCUUUUAGUUGCUGUUUGGAAGGAACUUGGUUGGUGGUUGAAUGAUGAUUUCGCCAGAUUCCCGUUUGCUGUUUUUUGAACUGACUUCCCAAACGAGAUUUUAAUGCAGGUCGAGCUUGUGCUACAAUGAAUUGCCGCUCAACUUUCGUCUUAAUUCAGCGCGUUCAGAGAAAAGGGGAGCAAACCUCCUCCUCCUCGGUUCUUUCAAUCCUUCCUCUUGUGCCAGUGGUCUUAAAAACCCUUCCAAAUGUUUGACCCAGCCAUGAGGCUGGUCUUGUCUUAAUAUUGUAAAAGUUGUACAUAAUUAUUGCACUGUAUUUAUAAUGGAGAUCCUUCUUUGACAGUGUUCUGCUGUGUGGUUGUUGGUUUUAUGUUUUCAGUUGCGUAUUUAAAGAUUGCUCUACGGCAUUUCUGUGACUCCGGCUUGGCCUUCUGGGUGGACGUGUGUGUGGGAUUUUGUUUUUGUUGUUAAACUUGAGGCACUUGAUGGUGUGUUGUGAACAGCAAACAAAAAAAGGAAUAAAACGUUUGAAGCAAAUUGA